UCUGGAAAAAAAUAUUUUGUUUUAAUUCUGAGAGGAAAAGUCACCAAAAAUGCAUGCUGUUCACGCAUUUGUGUGUGUGUGUGUACGUGUGUACGUGUAUAUCAGUUACGCGCGUGUCUGCUGCUGCAUAUUAUCAAACGGUUGAAAACAUCGGCGAUAGAAAAUGAUAAAAAACGUCGAUUCGUGGAGUAACCGCCACACUGUUAUUACGAUAAUUAUUGCCACGUUAAAUAUUGUUUUAGAUUACACCGGACACUCUCAACCGCAAUAGAGCGUAUUACGCAGAGAGGAACGCGUUUGUGAUAGCUUCCAAACUCUCUGUCCGCAGCAUCAUUACGGGAAUCGUCAGGUCAAGUCUCUCGGUCUUCGCUUUACACACGUAAAUUCCCCCCGUCACUUCCGAAGAUGAGUCGUGUCAAUUUCGCGCAAACUUAAUUAACGGACAGUGAAGCGGGUCGGGAAUUAGCUCAAGUGACUGCUUAUUGCACUUCCUGUGUCAUAAUGAAUUUUUAUCCGUAUCGUCGUCGUCGUGAGGAAUGAUCUGAAUAAUGUGACUGGUGAAUGUUAAUUUCAGCAAAUUUCUCUGUAUUUCGUCGUGUCGUUGGCUAUUAAACGCUCUACGUGCACACAUAUGUUAAGAGUAAAAUCCUUUUCUGCCGGUGUAACGCAGAUCUUUAACAGUAUUCAACAGUAGUUUGUUGUAUUGCAGACUAUGUAUGAGUUUUGUUUGAAAAACAUGGCGUGUGAUGAUGCUUUUUAUAUGAUUUAUGUGUCAGAUAUUUCCUAAUUAUAGAUAUAUAUAUGAUAAAUACGAUAUGAUAAAUAUGGUAAGUAAUUUCUUGGAAUACAUUGCUGCGUCAAUAUCGUCAUCUGUCAUUGCAUCAUAAUGAAAUCGUUACAGUUCUCGUUAUAGCUGUCCUUGUUUUUGUCUUUGUAGAAAAAACAAACUCUCAGAAGGUUUUAAGAAUCCAUGUAUCAUAAAUAUGCAUUGACUUGUGCUGCAACGUAUGGAACUGUUAUAAGCUGACAUUGGUUUUGUCAUGCUGAACAAAUUAGUCAGUAUUAUUUUUGGCUCCCUUGUCUUAUGGGCUGUGGCUACAUACUUUUUAUUUUUAAGUCAACAGUCAGUUGGCAAGGAUCAUGAGAAGGAUAAACUGUCAAAUCAAAUUAGCAGAUUAGAAAAACAAGUGAAACAACAAAUAAUUAUAAAUCAGGAACUUCUCGAAGGAAUUAACGAAAGCAAACGUCGUAAAAAGGAACAUCAUAAAUCAAAUGUCCAAUUACCAGAAAAAGAAGUAGAAAAAGAUAAAUAUAAGAAAGAUGAAGUCACAAGAACUAAGAACAUCUUGUUGCAGAAGAUCGAAGAUACGAAUAAGUGGGAAAACUCUAAAACCGAACAGAAGUCAACAUAUAAUACGAUCUUAUCUACCGAGUCAAUAUACAGUACUCCUUCACGGCACAAACUACCAGAUGGAUCUCCAAUAAUAGCUAUUUUAGUUGUUUCUUGUAAUCGUGUAACAGUAGGUCGCUGUCUAGAUCAAUUGAUAAAGUUAAGACCUAACAAAGAACAAUUCCCAAUAGUUGUGUCACAAGACUGUGAUCAUCGACAAACUGCUGAAGUUAUAGCAAGAUAUGGGAACGAACUACUACACGUAAAGCAACCUGAUCAAUCAGAUAUUGAAAUACCACCCAAAGAGAAGAAAUUCAGAGGAUAUUUCAAAAUCGCACGUCACUACAAGUGGGCGUUAAAUAAAGUAUUUGUGAAUCUUGGAUACAGUACUGCAAUUAUAGUAGAAGAUGACUUAGAUAUUGCUCCAGACUUUUAUGAAUACUUCCUAGGAACUUAUCCUCUACUAGUAAAUGACACCUCUCUGUGGUGUGUGUCAGCAUGGAAUGAUAAUGGCAAAGCUGGCUUGGUGGACGAACACGCACCGCAUUUACUUUAUAGAACGGACUUCUUCCCUGGUCUAGGUUGGAUGCUUACGCGCGAUUUGUGGCUGGAACUUGCACCAAAAUGGCCCAAGUCAUAUUGGGACGAUUGGAUAAGACAACCGGAACAGCGUAAGAAUAGAGCCUGCAUUCGUCCAGAAAUAUCGCGAACCAGAACAUUUGGCAAACUUGGAGUUAGCAACGGCUUAUUUUUUGAAAAACACUUAAAGUACAUCAAGCUGAAUGAACAAUUUGUGCCUUUCACCAAGAUGAAUCUAUCCUAUUUGCUAAAAGAUAACUACGAUAUAGCUUUUGUCAACCAAGUGUAUCAGUCGACAGUCGUAAGCUAUCUGGAAUUGAAGAGCGGGAAUAUACUUGCCCCUGGCCCCGUGCGAAUACCUUAUUAUACCCGUCAGUCGUUUAAAAACACUACCAAAUUGCUCGGUUUAAUGGACGAUUUCAGGAGCGGUGUACCUAGGUCCGGAUAUCGUGGUGUGGUAACAUUUUUUUAUAACGGGAGACGUGUGCAUUUAGCGCCAAGUGCAAACUGGAGCGGUUAUGAUAUCACAUGGAGCUAACACAUGAUUAUCAUGUCUCAUUUCUAAUAUUUUCCAAAAGUAUUGUGUGCAUUUGUUGUUUGGCAAAUUAGGUAAUUUAUUUAUCUAUUGCGCGAUAAACCGACUGGUAACAUUUUCCUCUUUGUGCUGCGAUAAAAUAAGCUAUGUCCUUCCCAGAAUUGAAAUUGCAUUCCUCACAUGACCGAUAAUUAAACAUAAGUUUUCAGAAAUUUACAUUUAAAAUAAUAUAUAAGUUUGUAAAUAUGAUAUGUUUGUAUAUAUAGUAUGUAUAGAAUCAU